AUGAAAAGCUUUUUCGGCCACGUGAAGAUCAAGGUGUUCGACGCGGUUUCCUAUCUCGAAAAGGCCGCCCACGACAUGGAUAAUGUGCCUAAUGUAGGCAUUGCUGUUUCCGGUGGAGGUUACCGCGCUUUGAUGAAUGGCGCGGGUGGGCUUAAGGCGUUUGACAGCAGGACUGAGAACUCCACCACGUCGGGACAUCUCGGGGGUUUGCUUCAGUCUGCGACCUAUCUGUCUGGUCUCAGUGGUGGAGGUUGGCUCCUGGGUUCACUCUACAUGAACAAUUUCACCACUGUUUCUUCCCUACAGACCGAUAAGAAGGGUGAUCCUUGGCAGUUUGAGCAUUCAAUCCUCAAAGGCCCCGAGGGCAGUGGCACGCUCAUGACGUCUACUUUGAAGUAUCUGGAACAGAUUCGAGAUGCUGUGAAGGAAAAGGAGAAAGCUGGCUACCCGACUACUAUCACCGACUAUUGGGGUCGCGCGCUUGCAUAUCAGCUUAUCCACGCCUCCGAGGGAGGUAUCGACUUUACCUGGUCUUCGAUCUCCAAGUCACAUAAUUUCCAGGAGGCCGACAUGCCUUUGCCCAUUCUCGUUGCCGACGGCCGUAACCCCGGAGAGCUUCAUGUUGGCGGCAACGCCACUGUCUACGAAUUCAACCCUUGGGAGUUCGGCACGUUCGAUCCCACUCUCUUCGGGUUUGUACCAUUGGAGUAUCUGGGAUCGCGAUACAUCGGUGGCAAGCUCCCGAGCAAAGAAAAAUGUGUUCGCGGGUUCGAUAACGCGGGAUUUAUCAUGGGCACUUCGUCCAGCCUGUUCAAUCAAUUCCUGCUCCAAAUCAACUCCACGGACAUACCCGAGGCAGCCAGGGGUAUUCUAACGGGCAUCCUUGAGUUGGUCGACGACGAAGAAAAAGACAUUGCCAACUACACCAACCCAUUCUACCUCUAUCCCGAGUCGAAGUCCCAUUAUGCCAAGUCAGAAUACCUCGCUGUGGUAGACGGGGGUGAAGACCUACAAAACCUUCCUUUGCAUCCGCUCAUCCAGCCUGAACGCCAUGUUGAUGUGAUUUUCGCCGUCGACUCAUCGGCCGAUAACAACAAUUGGCCCGACGGAACUUCGCUGGUGGCCACGUACGAGCGAAGUCUGAAUCAGAAGAUCAACAACGGCACUGCAUUCCCUGCGAUCCCCGAUCAAAAUACCUUCAUCAAUCUCGGGUUCAACACCCAUCCGACGUUCUUUGGCUGCAACAGUUCCAACAUCACCGCUGGAGACGCACCUUUGAUUGUCUACCUCCCCAACUCCCCUUAUAUGGCCCACUCCAACGUUUCCACGUUCGACCGGAAGUAUAACAACACGCAACGGGAUGCCAUCAUCCUGAAUGGGUACAACGUCGCUACCAUGGGAAAUUCGACUCGGGACUCAGACUGGUCAGCCUGCGUGGGAUGCGCCAUGUUGAGCCGUUCAUUUGAGCGCACCAAUACAUCGGUGCCCAGCAUUUGUGGCCAAUGCUUCAAUCGGUACUGCUGGAAUGGUACGACAGAUAGUCGCAAGCCGGGUUCCUACAACCCCCAAAUGGUCCUCAAAGAAGCAGAUAUUACCAACUCAGCUGCUGGCUACGGUUAUCCUUCUGGGUGGCUGUCGGCUAUGUUCGUGGCGAUGUUAAUUGCACUUCUCUAUUAG